UGCGGCGCCGCAGCCAAUGGGAGCGCUGGAUUUGGCUGCGGCGCUGGGAGCAGAGUCUGACCGAGCGACAGCGUCCCAAACCCGGGCACAGAGGCACGACGCGCCGCGGAGGCUGCACCAUGCCCAACAAAACCAAGAAGGACAAGGAUUCGAGUAAAUCCACAAAAAGCUCCAAAAACACCAACAGCAACAACAAAGAUGAAAACUCCGACGAGGUACUACAAACAGAGUAAGCGCGCCCCCCCUCCGCCCCCCCUCCCACACAACUCAAUAAAAUCAAAUAUUCUCCAGCGACGACGGUCGUCAAGAAAGAACGACGCCACAGCUCGUCCCGCUUCAGCCUCAGCAAGAACCGAGAACUGCACAAGCUGCCCGCGCUCAAAGAUGCGGCGGCGGCGGCGGAGCGGGAGGAGCUGUUCGUGCAGAAGUUGCGUCAGUGUUGCGUUCUGUUCGACUUCGUGGCUGAUCCGCUCUCUGACCUCAAAUACAAAGAAGUGAAACGAGCCGCGCUCAACGAGAUGGUCGAGUUCAUCACACACACGAGCGGCGUGCUCACUGACGCCAUCUACCCCGAGGCUGUGUACAUGUUUUCGGUGAACGUGUUCCGGACUCUUCCUCCGUCGUUGAAUCCGACCGGAGCCGAAUUUGACCCAGAAGAAGAUGAACCCACACUGGAGGCGGCCUGGCCCCACCUGCAGUUGGUCUACGAGUUUUUCUUGCGUUUUCUGGAGUCUCCAGAUUUUCAGCCAAAUAUCGCCAAGAAAUACAUCGACCAGAAGUUUGUGCUGUCGCUGCUGGAGCUGUUCGACAGUGAGGACCCCAGAGAGCGAGACUUCCUGAAGACCAUCCUCCACCGAAUCUACGGAAAGUUCCUCGGGCUCAGAGCCUACAUCCGCCGCCAGAUCAACAACAUCUUCUACAGGUUUAUUUAUGAAACUGAACAUCACAACGGCAUCGCAGAACUACUGGAGAUACUUGGCAGUAUCAUAAACGGGUUUGCGUUGCCGCUGAAGGAGGAACACAAAAUGUUUCUGAUCCGAGUCCUGCUGCCGCUGCACAAAGUCAAGAGUCUGAGCGUCUACCACCCCCAGUUGGCGUACUGUGUGGUGCAGUUCCUGGAGAAGGACAGCAGCCUGACGGAACCGGUGAUCAUGGGCCUGCUGAAGUUCUGGCCAAAGACCCACAGUCCUAAGGAGGUGAUGUUCCUGAACGAGCUCGAGGAGAUUCUGGACGUGAUCGAACCGCAGGAGUUUGUCCGAGUCCAAGAACCUCUGUUCAGACAAAUGUCCAAGUGUGUGUCCAGCCCACACUUCCAGGUGGCAGAGCGAGCUCUUUAUUACUGGAAUAACGAGUACAUCAUGAGUCUGAUCAGCGACAACGCAACACAAAUCCUCCCCAUCAUGUUCCCGGCACUCUACAAGAACAGCAAGAGCCACUGGAACAAGACGAUCCACGGUCUGAUCUACAACGCCCUGAAACUGUUUAUGGAAAUGAACCAGAAACUGUUCGACGACUGUACACAACAAUACAAGGCCGACAAACAGAAAGAAAAAUACAAACUGAAGGAAAGAGAAGAAGUUUGGAGCAGAAUCGAAGGAUUGGCCCGACAGAACCCACAGAGUCACAAACUGCAGCCUCUGCGCCCCGGACUGACCCCAGACACACAGGUGGCGCUGGUGGACGGCCUCAGCGCAGUUUACUCCAUGGAGACGGACACGCCCACCACAGAAGAAGACAUCCAACUGCUGAAGAAGACCGUGGAGACCGAAGCCACGCAGGGCGUGAAGGAUCUGAAGAAGGACAAGGCGCUGAUGAGGAGGAAGUCGGAGCUGCCGCAGGACGUUUACACCAUCAAAGCUCUGGAGGCGCACAAGAGAGCCGAAGAGUACCUCACAGCCAAUCAGGAGGCUCUCUGAUCCCCCGCGGCCAAUCAGGAGGCCCUCUGACACACUACGGCCAAUCAGGAGGCCCUCUGACACACCAUGGCCAAUCAGGAGGCUCUCUGAUCCCCCGCGGCCAAUCAGGAAGCUCUCUGAUCCUCAACGGCCAAUCGGGAGGCCCUCUG